AUGUCCCUGCGCACCUGGGUGUUCGCCGCCUAUAUGCUCUAUCCUGUGCUGCACGUCGGGGACGACCUCGAGAAGGACUACCUUGCGGCCAGGGCGGUCGGCAUGCACGCGCUCCUCUUUGACCCGGACGGAAAGGCGGCACACGCGGCGGCGGAGCGGGGCGUGCCUGCGAGCGACGUGAUUCGCUCGCUCGCCGAGGUCCCUUCGCGGAUCGACGAGCUGCUGGGCGCAGCUGUGUAG